GUUUCUAAGUGAUGGAAAUUUUGUAUAAUAUAUAGUAACUUUAUUUAUUGGUAUAUUUCUGUAUGUAGUUUCAAAUUUCCCAAAAAGGAAUUCUUCUCGUCAAACCCAUUUUCUCCUCAUCACAAAUUCAAUCUAUAUACCAUAACCAUGAUUAUAUACUAACAAAAAAAAACUACCAUAACCAAUAGAACAAACAAAAAAAUCAACCUAAAUUUGAGAGAUUUCGCAUUGAUUUACUUGGCCUUUUUACAUACCCCACAGAAAAAGAAGAAAAAAAAAAUCAAGGCAAUAAUAUAGAACUAGCUAGGACGAAUACUUUUCCAGAAAGUAGUUCAUCAUCAUCGACAUAAAAAAAAAAAGGAAGAAAAGGGCAGAAUCGAAACACUCUCCCUUGCAAGUCCUAUCAGCAGAGGGCCCCAAUUUCCCGAUCAAACCCACAUAUUAAUUCAUCCAACAAAAUAGUGUACUAACUCUGUCGACACACACCGAUUCGGACACGGCUUUUCCUCUAUUAAUUAACUUCCGUAGAAGAAAAUUAGUAUAUUUAAAUUAAGCAUUUAAGUCUCUCAAAAAUAAAAUCCCAUAAUCAUCAAUAAAUCUCUCCCUCCAAUCUUUGCUCUCCAAGCAUCACCCAAAGGACAAUGACAGCCUUUCACAACACAUCACACAAACAUAUGUAUAUGGUCUUAAAUUUGGCUUCGGUCUAAUAAAUCUCAUUUUAAUUAUCCGAUUUGUUUCAAAUCAAUUUCAUAAACGGUGAACUUCUUGAUAAUUGAAUGAUAAUUUUUAGUGAGUUUAGGCUAAAAUGUAUAGUACACAUGGUAUUGAUUAAUUCAUACCAACUCUUCUCUCUCCAUAUCACUAGAUUUGCUAAGCUCAUUAAUUCCUCCAUUCACCGCCCAUUAAAUUUCCUUUCCUUUCUUUCUUCCCUCCCCUUCAAAUCCAGUCCUUCUAUAUAUAUCCCAAUAAUUCUCCCACCCAAACCCAACUCCAACCUCACCUUCCAUUCCAAUCUUUUAUUCCCCAUAUCCUCUCGGGAAAACACAAAGAAAGAAGAGAAAAUGGCUUCUUCUUCAAGCCAUAGGAUCAUCAACCUUCUCUUAGCUUCUGUGGUGGCUGCUUCCUUCUUCCUCCCCUCCUCCAUGGCCCUGAGCUUCGACGUCGGCGGUAAAGACGGUUGGGUGGUCAAGCCUUCCGAGUCCUACGAUCACUGGGCUCAACGCCUCCGCUUCCAAGUCAACGACUCCCUCGUGUUCAAGUACAAGGAAGGGUCAGACUCAGUGGUGCAAGUAAAGAAAGAGGAUUACGACAGCUGCGACACCAGCAGGAAGCUGAAAGUCAUGAAAUCAGGAACCUCCGUCUUCAACUUCCCUCAAUCUGGACCUUUCUACUUCAUCAGCGGCAACAAGAAGCAGUGCCUCGCCGGCCAGAAGCUCAUCGUAGUGGUCCUCGCCGUCCGAUCUCCCCCGGCGAUCCCCAAGACGCCAACAGCGCCGCCGUCCCCUGCCCCUGCUCUGCCUCCGACAGCAUCCCAGCCGCCCAGCUCCGCCCCGGCAGGAACUCCCGAUCUGGCCCCACAGCCGUCCGCCGGUUCUUCUCCUCCUGCCACCGCGCCAUCGCAGGGUGAUGCUGCUCCCGGUGGUUCUCCCGCCGGCGCUCCCUCGAACUCCCCUGCCACCGCGCCUUCACAGGGUACUGCUGCUCCCGGGAUUUCCCCCGCCGGCGCCUCGAUUUCGCCUGCCGGACAGCCGGGCAGUUCCCCUCCUGGGCCGUCGGGGUUGCCGGGCAGCGCUGACCAGACUUCUCCGCCGGAGGCGGCUAAGAAUUCCUCUUCUUCAUCGGCGGUGGCAGUGGCGGUCGCUUCGCCAGUUUUGGUGGCUGUCGGAUUGGGAUUCAUUGCGAUGUUCAUCUGAUCAUACCUUUCCUAUUGAGUUAUUGUUAGAUUAGAGUUAAUUUGUUUUUCUUUUCAUGGGGUGUUAAAUUUGGAUGUGAUUAUUGACGAUGAGGUUUUAUGGAUAUGUGGAACUUGUUCAUCGGAGUCACAUAUAUUUCAUUUGAUCGUGUUAUCUCUUUAAUACCUUCUCGUUUUUUUUUUUUUUUUUUUAAAUUUCACCUUUGAUUUUGAACUAUCUCUAGACAUUUGGUAUUUGGCACUAGUGACAGAAGUUUGGUACGUGGUAUAUCAGUGAGUCCAACUCUGUGAAACUCAUCAACAAUUAGCAACGAAUAUAUAUGUACUUGAAAAAGCACGUCAUUUAAGGCUUGAAAGUGCCUCACCAAUUAAUUCAUUUGGCCAAACGCAGAUGCCAGCUGUCAUUGUAUUUGUACCCCUUCAUCGCUUUAUGAAUUGUGAGGGCUCAUGAAUGUGUUUUCCAAGUUGGAUAUCUAUCAAUCAUUUUGAUAUAUAUCAGGGUACUUGUCUUUCGAGUCAUUCACUUCACGAGCUAAUGUGGCUUUUGAACCAACUUAUGCUUUCUUUUCUUUCAAUUCUCUGUUUUUUCAUUGGAUUUCUUAUAUAUGUUCCACACAGACAUUGUAUUUAUAUAUAUAUAGUGGCGUCUUCGGUGCACUCACUUUUUUGGGUGCAUUCAGUACACUCGCUUUCUAACCGUCAUUUUAAACAUGUGAUUUAUGUCAAAAUUAUGUCAAUCAUCACUUAUGAUGUGAUGAACAAUAACACACAUGAAUUUGUACAAAAAUCAUUAAAGAUUUGCUUUAAUUUAAAUAUCACUUAUGAUGUGAUGAACAAUAACGCACAUGAAUUUGCACAAAAAUCAUUAAAGAUUUGCUUUAAUUUGAAGGAUUUAGAUUUUAGAGAUUUAGGGUUAGGGUUAGGGUUUACAAUUUGGGAUUUAGGGAUAGAACUCAAAAUUGGAGAUAUAGGGCUUAGGGUAAUCCGCUAAUUAGUUGUUAUCAUAUGUUAUAUCAUCAUAUUACACUAAUUCUACAAAUUAAAAUUCAAAAUCCGACACCUUAACACUAAUUUUUGAGUGGGUGCAUUAAACGCACGCUUUUUUG